AUACUCGCACCACUCAUCCCCUUCUCUCCCCCGUCGCUCUCCGUUCCCCAUCCCACCGUCUCCCAUCUGCUCCACGCCCCCAGCUCCCCACCGCGGUACCGCCGUCCCAAGCUCGCCGGCGCCACCCUAUCCUAUCCUCGCCAUCGCGCGCGUUUGCUGCCGCGUCGCGACAUCGGCAGCCACGUCGCCGAGACUCCGCCUGGUCAACUCUGGUUGGGAGGUGGUGGCGCGUCCGUACCGCGGGGAGGUGGUGGCGGGGGCGCAGCCAUUUGCGAGCAGCAGAAGUGGUCGUGGUCGGGGAGAAGAGGGCUGCACUGAGGAGGCGCCGGCAUCGAUGGCAGGGCGCGGAGGCGCACCUCGAUUCAGGAGACGCGCGCGCAGGAGGCGAGGUUGUCGCUUGUCCGGCAAGAGCCAACGCAGGCGGCGGCGACGAGAGCGUUGUCGGCCGCAUCAGGGACGGGAUGCCCCCUCCCCCUCCCGCUCGCUCGAGUCGUAGCGCGUCGAGCUCGAAAUGGUCGCGAGCUUGCUGGCUAAGCAGGGGCUGAGAGGUGGUGCACGCCAGGGAGAGGGCUGGGCUCGCCAUCGAUUUUGCCUACCUCACUCUGCAGGGACACCGAUUUUUAGCAGUGUCAUCGGCGCCAGCCAGAGACAAUUCAUCAGUACCCCCUGAUUCUCGCCCUCUAGCAUUUUUUCCCUCUCAAUGUUUUCCGUGAUGCAUCAGCACUCCCUACUCGCCUUGAUACUACAUUUUCUGGCUGAAACUAGUUGACAUGUUGUCAUAAUUAUCAGAAUAUGUUGCUUCUUUUAGCAGCAAACAAAACUGACCAAACUAGUUGUGUUUGUGGCAUGUGCGUCUCCGCGUUUUUGUUAGAUGCAUCAUUUUUUCCGUGCAAACUUCUGAAACUUCUGAAAUUGUUAGUUUGUUUGUUCCACGACAUAAGUAAGAGAUAAACGCUACAAAAACAUGGCAUUUUUUACUAAAAUGUUGUGGCAAUUAUUAGAAAAAUCAUAUGGCAAAUUUCAGAAAUUCACAAGUUUAUCAAAAAUACUUUUAUUCACACGACAAAUUUUAGUUUAAGUUGCCAUGGCAAUUUUUAGUUUAAGAUACUGUGGCAAAUUUAUUGUAAAGAGCAUGGCAAGUUUUUGUUUUAAAUAUGAUGGCAAAUUUACAUUUUUCAGAACAUGGCAAUUUUAACUAUGUAGCACAGUACAUAUAUUUGUAUAGCCAUGGCAUUUUUCAAUUUAUUUCCAUGACAAAAGUACUCCCCUUUUGCCAUGGCAAAAAUCAACCCAUUUUUGCCAUGGCAAAUUUUUACUCCAUUUUUGCCAUGGCAAGUUUAACUCCAUUUUUUUCAUGUCCAAAAUACGUUUAUUUUCACAUGGAAAAUUUUAGGUUAAGUCGCCAUGGCAAUUUUUAGUAUAAGUGCCAUUGCAAAUUUAUUGCAGAGAGCAUGUCAAUUUGAAUUCAAAUAUUAUGGCAAAUUUAAAUUUAUAGGACAUGGCAAAUUUUACUAUGUAGCAUCUUAAAUAUACUUGUGUAGCCAUGUCAUUUUUUAAUUUAAUUCCAUGGCAAAAAAGUACUACUUUUUUGCCAUGGCAAAAAAUUAAACUAUUUUUGCCACGGUAAAUUUUUGCUCCCUUUUUGCCAUGGCAAAUUUAGCUCCAUUUUAUGCCAUGGCAAACUUCUUUAAUUAACAUGUUCAAAAACAUGUAAACUUGCCAUGGCAAAGUUAUAGUUGUUCAAAAACAUGGCAAACUUUGCCAUGGCAACUUAUGUUGUUAAAAAACAUGGCAACCUUUUUGUAGAUGUUCACAAAUAUGAAUAAAAGACCAUGGCAAUUUAAAAUGUUCAAAAACAUGGCAAAGUUGCCAACUUGCCAUGGCAAACUUUAGUAUGUGCCAAAACAUGGUAACUUUUCUUAGAGAGUUUUUCUGGGGGGUUUUUCGUGUUUCAGUAUCUAAAUGGGCCUGUUUUUGUUAUGUCACUCGUGCAACAGGCCCACGCUGGUGUCUUUGUUAGGCUUUUUUUGUUGCAUACGCGAUAAGUGAUGAGUUUCUGGAAGUGUUCGGGCUGAGAGAGCUCCUGGGCCGAACGAAAUCAUUCGGUCGUUCCCCUGUCCAGCGCCAACGACUCGUUCGGGCAAUCCCUCCCCAGACCGAACGUUCGGCCGUUAUCGACGUCCAAAUCAUUUUGAAUUGUUUCAAUUUUUCUUUUGAAAAUGAUUCUGGGUGUUCACAUCACAUGAAUGUACAAUCCCUAAAAAUUCCAGGUCCAAAUUGGAGAUAUCUUUAGCAAUAAAAAUGACAAAUCCAACAUAAAUAGUGUUAGGAAAGACAAAAGUGAAAACGCCACUAUUCACAUUCAGAUUUGUAUUUUUUGUUUCUCGAUGUCUAUUUAAAAUUUGGACCUGAAAUUCUUAGGGGUUGUACAAUCGUGCAAUGUGAACAUUCAUAAUUUUUUGAGACAUUUAAAAUUGUUUUUUCUUGAAAUGAUAUCAUGAUAUCACCUAAAGGGUGGUAUCAUGUGAUAUUCUCGUGUUGGUUAGGAAAAUUCUUCAUCACUUUUCCGCAAAAAAAAAGAAAUUCUUCAGCACUGAAGACAGCGUCGGUUUUUAUUUCACUCUCUGUGUCUCUAGAAAAAGAAAAAAAAAGGAGUCUAUUUUGCUCGGGCGGGGAGCAAAACCUAGGCGGAGAGUGUCGCUAGAGAGAAAGCGCACACUGCAACAGUUUCCCCCCAGAGCGCCGCCGUCGAAAGCGAAACGAGCCGGAGCCGUCGCCGUCGAGCGGCCAUGGCGCCGCCGCGGCAGGACUCCCCGGAGGGUUUGGAGGUGCAGUGCGCGGGGUGCGGCGAGACGCUGGAGGUGGACCCGGGCCUGACGGAGUUCAUCUGCCCGGACUGCGCUACGCCGCAGUCGCUCCCGCCGGAGCUCAUGCCGCCGCCACCGCCGCGGCGGAAGGCGCUGCCCCUGCCCCGCGCGGCCGCCGACGUCCGGGGCGCGCGGCUGCCGUGCGGCUCCUGCGGCGCGCUCCUGAGCGUGCCCGUCGGACUGGCGCGCUGCGCCUGCCCGGUCUGCGGCGCCGAGCUCGCCGUCGACACCGCGCGGCUCCGGCAUUACCUCCUCUCGUCCGCCACGGCGGAGGGCGCCUUGCCCGUGGUGCCACUCGGCGACCCCUCGGCCCCACCCAUCCUCCAAGCCCAGCAGGUGCGGCAAGAACAUCCUAAUUUUGGGAUUCGUGCAGGACUUUUGUGGACAGAUCCUGAUAAUCGGACAAAUUGUAUGGGACAGGUACAAACAAAUCAUCCAAAUCAGCUUAUUCCAGAGCAGGCAGAUCUGGAUAAUCCUGGUUCUACGAUUGAGAGAGGGGAGGUACAUGAUGUCAGUGGAAUUUUUACUAAGCGGACAAGCAUGCAUUCAGUUGGCCCUGGAAUUGUUAGUCCCGAAAGGAGACAUGAAGAGCCUCAAAAUCAUGACCGCCAUCAGGGGCAAGUUCAAUCAUCCACAACGCGUAUAAAUUGCGGAACUGGGCAAUCUGCUGCCCCCCAAACUGUAAAUAUAGAAAAGAGGCAGCUGCUCACUCCCGAUCAGACCAUACAACAGGCACAAAAACAGCCUUCUUGUCGUGCAAUAUGUACAGAGAAGGCUCAUGCAGAGGAUGCAGAUGGGGUGAUUCAUGUCCAGGAAAAGCAACAACAGUGUGUCAGCCAGGUAAAUCAUACAGAAGAAUUAUGCACUCAAGCGGCCGACGAGAUAAUUACAAGGGACAGCAAUGGAACGAGAGUCGGGUACGCAGCUUGCAGUGAUGCUGCAUUUGCAGAGAGGAGGAAGGUGCAUGAAGCAAAUGACCCUAUAAAACAGGUGCAAACACAACAAUCUGAUUCAGCGGUUCAUAUGGAACCGGAAAAUCAAGUGAUCCAUGUAGAAAAGGAACAAUCAAAAUCUUUCAGUUGCAGAACCCCCAAGCAAAAAAAGAAGGGUUUGACAGCUGCGUCCAAUCCAGGUCUUCAACUUAGGCGCAGCAAACGUUUGGUGAAAGAUUCACCUGCUUCCAUAGACCAAGAACCUGUUCAAAAUGAGUUUCUUGAGAGUCAAGAAGGAACUUCGAUUAGCCACAUACCAGCCACCGUCAGAGUCAGUGAACCAACAGAAAAUGAUUCUGAUUCACAGCAUGCUGGCUCUCCAGAACAGAGUGAACCAACAGAAAGUGAUCCUGAUUGGCAGCAUGCUGGUUCUCCAGAACAGAGUUUAUCGGACUCUCCAGAUAUUAAUAGAAUCAUCAACAAUUUAAAGCCUAGUCCAUCCCCUCCGUGUGAGAUGCAUGAACCAAGCUCUAACAAGUUAGACAGCCCUCAUUUAACUACACCAACUUCCAAUUCAGAUCUCAACUUGUCUGAUCCCGAGCAGUUUGCACGUAAUUACAUCCCCUCUGAGGUUAGGAAGGCCCUUCCAGAGCUGAGAUCUAAUUCAUUGUUUGAGCAUACCAUGUCCCAGGCAAACUAUGGCGAGGGAAGCCUUCAUGAUUUAACUGAUUCAGAAGGAGACGACCCUUGUAGCCCGACUCUCCAGAAUGUUGGUACCAAGAGAAACCACAGACGUCUCCGUUGUGGUCUGAAACUCAGUCUUGAGGUGUGGACCUUGCCUAAGGGUGUGCGCAUACCUGUUUCAUUGAACACUUCAGGUGAACCUGUUGGAAAAGCAGCAGGCACCCUAAGUAACUUUUUGUGUGCAAUAGCAAGAGAUGGCGUAUUGGCACCGCUAACAUAUCAUGAUUGGAGGCGUGUUCCGGAGAAAAACAAGAAUAUAAUCUGGCAUAUUGUCAAGCUCAAAUUUGACAUUGCUCCGGUUGGUGAGUUAUGGAUCAUGAAGUCCUUAGGAAAGAGGUGGAGGAGUUGGAAAUCUUUCUUGAAACUACAACACUACGAUACUCAUGAGACGGAAGAGGAACGCCUUGCUGAUCGAAAUCCUCGUGUUCUCAAAGAACAGUGGCAAUUUCUAGUUGCAUAUUGGAGUACUGAAAAGGCGAAGGCCGCAAGUGCUCGCAGUAAAGCUUGUCAGUCAAAUGUGGUCGCUCAUCAUACUGCAGGAACAAAGAGCUUUGCAAGGAUAAUCGAGGAGGAGAAGCAAAAACGGCCUAACAAGGACGGGCCUAGUGUUGAGGAUUUGUUCAUAAUGACUCAUACACCCAAGAAUGGGAAACCUAUGAAGAAGGCAACAGCUGAUGCCAUUGCACGACUUCGUAAGCAGGUAGAGAGUUCAGGAGGUGAUUCUGCUGCACAUGACUCCUCCUCGAAGGUCCCACGAGGGAAGGCAGUCCUGCAAGCAUCCUUCAAGGAAGCCAUGGAGGCUAAACGCAGAGCUGAAGACGAGGCAUCGGCGUUGAAGGAAAAAAUGAUGGCAAUGGAAGAAAGCCAGAGAAAGAUGCAGGAAGAUUUGGCGAAUAUGAAGAGCGCAGUUAGCGCUAUACACAAGACAGCGCCAACUGGUGACUUGCAAGGUCAACAAAUGCACAAAAAAACGCCUGUUAGUAAAAACUCUCAAGCCGAGCCAACAGGUGGAGCAUCGUUUCCUCCAGGUUUCGCAAAGAAUCCGAAUCCUUCACAACCCAUGCGGCGUUCAAAACGGGCCAAGCGCUCGUGAAUCUUCAUCGAUAUGUUGAUGUCCCCUGACGGUAUGAUCAUUUGACACCACCUCGUCAGCAGCUCCGAUCUUCACUCCACAUGCAAUGUGUGUCAACGGAUCUAAGAAAUGAAUGAGAAAGAGGGCGAGCGUUUAGCUGCUUGUUCAUGUGUAACCUUUUGUCUGUUAGUUGCUGACUUGCUGUAAACUGUUGACCUUGGAUCAUGAUAUUGUGCAUAUUAUGUCAUGACAUGAUUGUGUACUUUGUGCUUCA